GAGCAGGCGCGCAGGCUUGGACGCACCGAGACCAGCUGCUUCUCGACGGUUCACACCCACCCACCCACCCAGGAUUGGACUCAUUUUUAAAAACGAUUCAAAUCAAUGAAGGAGAGACGCCCGUGUCAGAAGUUAUCUCUGAAAUCCAGCAUGGAUCCCAGUCAGAGUGUGAAGUGUAAGAUAGUGGUGGUGGGGGACAGCCAGUGCGGGAAGACUGCGCUGCUUCACGUGUUCGCCAAAGACUGCUUCCCUGAGAGCUACGUCCCCACUGUGUUUGAAAACUACACAGCCAGCUUUGAAAUCGACACGCAGAGGAUCGAGCUCAGUUUGUGGGACACCUCAGGAUCUCCAUACUAUGACAACGUGAGGCCCCUGUCCUAUCCCGACUCCGAUGCUGUGCUCAUCUGUUUCGACAUCAGCCGCCCAGAAACGCUCGACAGCGUAAUGAAAAAGUGGAAAGGUGAGAUCCAGGAGUUUUGUCCCAACACCAAGAUGCUGUUAGUCGGCUGCAAGUCGGACCUGCGCACCGAUCUGAGCACACUUGUGGAGCUUUCCAACCAUCGACAAGCGCCAGUUUCUUACGACCAGGGUUCCAGCAUGGCCAAGCAGAUCUCGGCGCCCUACAUCGAGUGCUCGGCCCAGCAGUCAGAAAACAGCGUCAGAGACAUUUUCCAUGUGGCCACGCUGGCCUGCAUCAACAAAAACAACAAAAACGUCAAACGCAGCAAGACCGCCCGUGCUAGCAAGAGGAUUUCACACAUGCCUGGUAGACCUGACCUGGCGGCCGUGGCCUCGGACCUCCGGAAGGACAAAGCCAAAAGUUGCUCGGUCAUGUGAUUGCACCGACUAAAUCAGAUCAGACUGAGGAGAAUGAGGACAGAGCACAGUGCAAGCAGGAAGUUAUGGGGCAAUGCUCCCUCCUGCAUGCUAAAGACCCCUUAUUUGUCUGGAAAGGGGUUCUAUAAGCUUAAUUCAUGUACAUGUUACUGGAAUACUCUGCACCAAUGAAAACUCAAUGCAUAGUAAGCAUCCCACUCAACGCGGCCCCCACCCCUGCCCCACCAAAAGAGGAAGCUAUCUAUCACCUGCCUGGGGAUGUGACCUGCUUCCUCUGGGAGGACAAAGCGGAUGCAGUCAAGGCUUUCCAUGCUAACAGGAAAUGAGCAGAGGGAAUGAUGUCAUUAGGAAAUGCUCAUUUAUAAAAAGAUGCGUAGGAACAUGUGGUCUCCUGAAUAAGAGCGAGAGCCGGCAAUGGGGUGGUAGGUAGGGGGGUGCUGCCUCAGGGGGAGGAAAUAAAGAGGAACUGCUGUUGUUUGUGCUGGAUCAAAGACUUCUUCCUCGGAGGGCUUAUACAAGAACUCGUCACUGUGGUUUGAAACUGAUUCACUCCCACCUCUACUCCUGUAACUGUUAGUCUGUGUGCAGAACAGAUUAGAAGAAUUUCUUAAUUUCUUUCAAUGGAAACAUGAAGCUGAGUGUCCCCUGUCUCUGAUAUGUUGUCGGUGUAAUGUGAAGUCAUUGGUGUAUAACUGUGUCAUUGCUUUAUUUUCAUCCUGAUGAGAUUGAACCAAUACUACAUUCUCUUACAUCAGCAACUAUGGAUAGACUCAUGAAAACAAAUGCACACUGCAACAGUGCAGGUUAGCCUUUUUUUUUCUCCAAAAACAGAAAUGGUGUACUUUAACCCUUUUGUUGGGCCCUAAAUGGGUCCAGUGAGCUUUAGCUUAACAAAAAUUAGCAACCAAAAAUAGAACACUGUAUAUGAAAUAUGGACAUAGCCACUGUGACUUAUCCACAACCCUAAUGCUAGCCACAACCAUGUUGGGUUUUUUUGAACGAAAAGUUACAUUUUGGACAAGAAGAUGAAGUUGUGACUUAAUGCUAACGAGCUUUGUUAGCUAGCUCCAUUUGAAUAUAAUACACAAAUGUCAAUUGACUGAUAAAAUACUAGAAUUUUGCUCCCAGAUCUGAGCUGGAUGAAGAUAUAUAUAACUUGGAUUAACAGAAGCAAACCACAGAUAAAAGAUAGAUGUAGCAAGUGUGAUUUCACCUACUGAUUAGUAAGCUAGUCGGCUGCCAUCUUGGUGAUUUGAAAUUAGAUUUGAAGCGCACGAGGCAGAUAUGACUGAGAUACCAAUGGAGACCAUGGAGACUGUAUAUUUACAGGUUGUUAGCUAACAGUUGUAGUUAGCUAUAUCCUUUGUUCUAUAAUGAGGAUCAUUACAAUUCUUUCUCAUUAUGAACCAAUUCUAGCAAUUGAGCAUAUAAAAUCAGAAGGUCGUCACAGAACAAAGGAGCUGAGAGCCGUUUCACCUUAGACCUACAACCAGUGUGUUUUUGCAGCCAGAGAAGUUUUUCCUUUGCUGGACGAGUUAUAAAAACUGUUAAGAGGUGUCAUCAAGGUUCAAACUAUUUCCUGUACCAGCCUGCAGAUAUUAUUAUUUUUUUGUUUAUUAAUAAAUGCUGUAAAUAUAGGCAUUUUAAUAUAGGAGUCUUUGGGGAUGGACUUGCUUUUGGAGCUAGCCCCAAGUGACAUUAGAAAAACUGGAGUUUUUGGUAUUUGGCUUACUUUCUCAUCUUCUGGAGGAUCCCCUCAAUUUUAACAGGCUGGAAUCUUUGCGUCACGAAUCACAGCACAUUAAAAGAGGAUUCAAACAGAAGAAGAUCAACAAUAACUUACCCUAAAUGUCCAAAUUGGAGGAAGCUGUGGUCGAUUAGCUAGACUACGAAAACCUCUGCAGGAAUGAACCAUCCCAUGACAGGAACAGUUUUUGUCUCAUACGGUAAAUAUCUGCAAACUGGAUUACUGUAUUGGUCACUGAAUAAACGAGUGAGACAACCAAAGGAUGAAGAACUUUGCUGAUAUGUGGUAAACUUGCUAAAGCUCAAUUUAGUCUUACAUGCUGAGUCUACCAUGUAGCCUAUGACAGAUGGUAUUGCCACCAUUUGUACCUGUGUGGGCUAUGUUGACUCAAUGUGUAGGUUACAUUUUUAGUACAUUUCUGCACUUCAGUUUAUCACGUAGGGCUUUAGAAGAGUUACAUCAUACUUAUGGCGCAGAUUUAAUGCAGAAACAUACAUUCACUGUAAUUAGAAGGACUUUGCCCUCUUCAGUAUUAAAAGAAGAGAUUAUCAGAUAUUUGGAAUACCAUAAAUGCCACAAUACAGAUUACAUGUUUUUUUUUUAGUUUUUUUUUUAACUAGUCCACUUAGCAGUUAGCUUGCUAGCCCUCACUGCACUGCACGUUUCGCAAACCUCUGGAGAUGAAUUUUGCUGUUCGACUUUAAGCUGUGACCAGACCUUAACUCGGAAAGGAUGAUUGUAUUUUUUUUCUUCCUUGGGUCAUUUCAGUGUUUGAGUAUCAUGACCUCCGCAGUAAUGUCACAUAAUGUAAGAGAUUUGUGUCAAUUUCAAAAUUAGUCUUGAGAAACAAGUGUUUUUGAACUAGUGUUUUUUUCCUUCCUCUCAAACAACAGUGCAAUGACGCAGCUGUUUAAAUAUCAACGGUAUUGAUGCACUUUUAAUGUGACCAUCAGUUUCUCAAUUAGCUUGUUCAAAUGCCAGUGCUGUCACAUUUGUCAGCUCAGCGCCCGUGUCCCUAUUUUCUUUUCCCAAUCCUUUCUUUCCGGUGUAUACACACGUUUUCUUGAAUGUUGAUGUCACCUUCAAAAUGUCUUUGUCAAUGUUGUUGCCAUAAUAUUUAUUGAAUUCUAUAUUUUUCCCUUUAGAAUAAAUGCCAAUAAAACUGAA